CGAAUGCAUCACGGUAUAUGAAUAAGGAAAUGAAACUUUGGCACUAUACAAUCUGGAUAGAGGCGCUGAAACCGUGGGUAAUACAAUUCUAUCAUAGCCAAGAGGUCAAUAGAUUCUGGGCGAGCUUCGUACGCUAAGCAAAUGUUUAGUAUUUGUAAAAAAAGGGAGUGGCACUCCACUCGCUCAGUAAUGUCUUCUUCUUCCCUGUCUAUUAUCCAUUCACCAAUUAAAAAUAGUAAGCUAUGAACCAAGGCAAGCAUCUGUGAUGCUGUUUGACAUAGAUGAUCGUUUGCACGGAGAUGUUCUUGUAAUACAACUCCAGGUGCAUCCGAUUGCAAAGAUCCGGAGUUGAAGUUAAUACGGCGAUCGUUGAAUUCGUCUAACGUGAAAAGGUGUUUCUCUUCUAUACAAAAUGUCAACAACUUUCGACAAGCAAUUACAGCGAUGCCUUCGAUCAAGACAUGCAUCGAGUCUUGAGGUAAACAGGUAGUCACGUCAAAAUUCGGUAUAUCCAAUAAUGGGCUUCUGCUGUUGAUACCGUAUCGUUUUUUCCAAAAAUCCAUAGUAUUCUUCGGAACACGGGGUUCACUAAUUGCUGCUAUAUGAUCUUCGUGAGUUAUGUUGUCUCGCAGAACAAAAUUAUCUUCUGAAAAAUUCGUCUUCCAGUCGUGUUUCGUCGUCAUACACUGACGACAUGGACGAUAAGCUGAUACCGAUUCUUUAAAGCCGCCCAUCAGCGUAGAUGCCGGAGUAUCUCCCGCGCAAAAUAGAAGUGAUCCUUUAAAAAUAUUUCCCCCUUGUCCCGUGACAUUUACACUGAUUCCUUGGGUUUGUAGAGUUAUAAUAUCAGCGAUGAAUGAUUCCAGUAUCUUUUAAAGCCCAUCUUUUUUCAAAUAUUUAGUUUUAACUACUGCUAAUAAUUGGAUUGUAUUCUGUGUCGAUAUUUCAGGAGGAAUGUUUGCAAGAGUCCAAUAAAACAUGGACAGUUUCUGACUUUUUGCACGGACACCUAAUGGAUUUGUUAUCCCAAGAUCGUCAUAGUAAACAAUUAUGGCUAAGGCGUUUGGAUUAUUACAAAAAAAAUUGUUCUCGCGGUAAUACGAACCAUGUAACACCGACUUUAGCACAUCACCUUCUUGUGCCUUCGCAUUUUCCACAUUAAGCCGUACUUCAUCGUUACGUAGGAGCAUUUUUAGAUUGGCCAGAAAUGGUACAAUGUAUGCAUAACGCUGAACCUCGACUAAGUCCCGUAUACCUGGAGUUUGUUUUUUUUUUUUUACAUGCAAGUUCCUUAUAAACAACAAGUUUUUGUGGCAUUACCAUAUGAAGUUCCUCAACAAGCAUUUUGUCGAAAUAGUGCUUCGAACGUACUUUAGAAAACAGUAUUGAAGGAGGGUAUCUCUGUUUAUACAUCUCCUUCACAGUAUCAAAAUCAAGAAAAUUUAUCACAUAAUCUACUUGCUGGUAAAGAUCAUUCUGUAAAUACACAUAAUAGAAUUAUUGUAUUGUAAAUGACAAAUUACAAUACAGCAAAGUAUGCAAUGAGCUUUUUUUUCUAUUCUGAAUAUUACCAGUAUAACAGACGAAUAAGCAGUCAGUAAAUAUUGAACACCGUCAAUUAUAUAAUCAACAGCAGUUUGAGAGAUCUUGCAGGUUUCUCGAAUAUGCAGAAGAAAUUGUGCUGCAUGCCACUGAAGUUGUUCUGCUGGAGUCAUCAUGUUUGAUUCUUCGUGUACUAAACAGAAGAAAAAGUAGAAGAAACCAAAUAUCUAAAUUGAUUUAGUAUUACGAGUUAUGAUACUUAGAAAAUAUUUUUAAAAGAUUGUAUACAAAUAUAUUCAAAAAUAUUUGUAAAAUCUUUUAAAAAUAUUUUUGAAAAUAUUUUUAGAAGAUUGCAUACAAAUAUAUUCAAUAAUAUUUGUAAAAACUUUUAGAAAUAUUUUCGAAAAUAUUAUUUGGACAUCAUCUCGCGGACAUAGAAGCAUUUUAAUAAUAUUUUCGUAAAAUGUUUUGUGCUGUCUGUGGGGUGGAGUUUAGUAGACAGUAUCUUAUUGGCUUCUAUCAAAACUAUUAUUGACUACAAUACAUAUUAAGGAUAUCAUGCAUAUGUUAGAAAUAAUUGUAAAGAUAUUCAUAUAAAAAUAAAUCAUGUUAAUUAAAUAUCCCGCCGGCAUUCAUUUAUUACAUUGCAAAAGUAUCGGACUCUGCUCUGUGUUGAACGUGUUAGCGUAAUAAGUUACAAAUCGCAGAAUUUCGUCGCAAUUGCUCUUACGCCGCGGUCAUCAUAAAGACGACCUGGUUUUCUUCCGAAAUGGAGAAAAAAGUGUACUGCGUGUUUGGUGAACGAUGCAAAUGUAUACGAUAUGUGAAAUCACCGAACGAGACUGAUGUACAUGCCGUGCUCAGAUCUCUUACGAAAGCGAGUGAUACAGACGCCGUAUUGAAGGCAAUAAUGCGCGAUAAAUACAUCAUUCUACAAAAACCAGAUCCCGAUCGAAAUAAUCGCCUCUAUGACAUCGACUACGAUACAGAAAUCAUGGAUAAAGACGAGGUUACACUUCUUUUUCUCAUGCAAUCUGGAGAAAGUGUAGCUAAACCGACACCUCUCCAUGGUGAUCUUCGAGAAGGCGAAUUUAUGGCGCUAAAUAUUCCUGUCUUAUAUGAAGAAUCAUGGGAGAACGCAGCGAGUGAAGCAAUGUCAAGGGACAUCAAAUUUGAGAUUCAGAACAAGGACAAUCAAGCUGCCAAUGAGACAGAUCCGCUCUCGCAAGCAAGUACGAGUGGCAUUGCUGUAAUUACACAACCAUCGCCAAAUACUCAUGCAGUGAAAUCAUCUUCAAUAAAAAAUCGACCAUCAGGAGCUAGAAGUAUUCCUUAUCCAGCUGCUUUGCCGGAAUUAACACUUGAUCUGGUCAAAAUACUCGAAACCGUUAGUGUGUUUGAAGGAAUGAGGUCUUUCAUUCAUUUCUGGACAUCACACUUAUUAAGUGUAACAAACAAUAAUCCUACAAAGCAAGACUACCAAAAUUUUUCAAUGAGUAUCGUGGACACAUACCCAAUCUUGAAAGGAGGAAAGGAUGGAAAUACGAGCGAACCUAAAGAAGAUUUUAAAAAGAGACGCCGCAGGAGUACCAAAGAGCUCGACAGUUGCAGGAAAUGCUGUACUGAUUCAAUCGAAGACGUAAGUUUUGUGUGGCGAAUAAUGCAGAUAAUGAAUAAUGUUAUUAAUUCUUACAAUCCUUGGUCUUCUGUCUUUCUUAGAUCACAAACAGUUAAUGAUAACAGCUCUAAAAGAAUUAGAAAAAAAAUCUAACAACGUCAAUACACCUCAUGUCAGACGUUUGCUUCAGGAAACAUUUAUAGCUCGACGACCUUGGAUCGAAAAAGAAGCCAAAGGAAUAUCUAUUAUAGUUGCGAAAUAUCCACAAUUAGGAAUACAUGACUUGAUCGUUCUCGAGUUUAUAACUUUGAAAAAAAUAAUGCUGGAAACUAUGUAUGAAGACGUUGAGGCGAUGAUUAAAAAGUUGUCCGCACAUUAUUGCGCCAAUGAGGCUACCACUGAAGAAUCAAAAGCUUCUGUGAUCGUGAAAUUAUAUGAAGAACUCGCGAAUAAAAGAACAAGAAAGACAGUGAAGCCUCUCUUUACAGUAAAGGAGAUUAUGAAUCAUCGAGAAUCUGGUCACUGCAAAAGAAGAUUCUCCGCGUGCGAUCUUAUAUAUCGCAGAAGAAGGUGUUGCUUCGUCCUUCGUGGAAGCUGACGCAGAUGUGAAAGUUAAAAUUCCGGAGCCAACGGUCGCCAAGACUAUAAUUUCUCUGCUCGCUUCGUAUUAUGUUUGGGACACGGCGUAUCCGUCGGUGUACGCCAAUACAAUGGGAUAUAUUGAUCACGAGGUACUGGGGACCAUCGUAAAAAACUGUGUGAUUGAAAAGUACAUUCGCAAGCUGAACUAUAAUGCAUACAACUGCGUAAGAUAUACAAUGUAAUUAAGACCACGUUAAUACAUAUUAUAAAUAUAUACAUAUAUUGAAAAAUGUAAUACAUGUUAUCUAUUUUGAAAAGUGUAAUACAUGUUAGAUAUUAAAAAGUGUAAAUUUGUAUUAA